AUGAUAGUCACGCGGGCUAUUUCUUUGACCAACUUCCUGGUAGCCAGUUCCGCGCUGGGUUUCCAGGUUUUCGUCUUAUACCCUUGGCACAAAGAGCUAGACGCGGGAUUCGAGGACCUGAAGAAGGAGCACUUGAAGGUUCUGGAUGCGGUUGGAAACAGUCUGAGCAAGCAACAGCGAAAGACCUUGACCAACAAAUUGAAUGAGCUGAAAAGUCAAAGCCCGAGAAGCUUUACUCGUCGUCCCGUCCACUUGCUCACUGUCUUCGGUAGCACCCACUUCAUCACCACACAUGCCCCGGGUCCUGGAGAAGCAAUCAGGGCCGCUAGAGACAAAAUCAUGCCGGCCAAGGACAAGCCGUCUAUGGGCAUCGCUACAACCGAAAAGAUCGUGGAUAUCUCUCUGUACGCAAAAUACGCUCUGGCCGGUGCCUUCUGUUGUCCUUUCACUCAUGCCGUCCUAACUCCUGUCGAUGUCGUGAAAACGCGAAUCCAGCUUGAUCCGACUACAUACAGCAGGAGUCUCUGGGGAAGUGCACGGCAGAUUGCUUCACUCGAAGGGCCGGGGGCUUUCCUGACAGGACUGGGACCGACCGUCGCAGGCUAUUGCCUCCAGGGUGCCUUCAAGUUUGGCGGGUACGAGUUCUUCAAAGCUCACGUUGUCGACUACCUCGGAUAUUCGACCGCUGUCAAUAACCGCAAUGCCGUAUACCUUACGUCGGCCGCGGCGGCCGAGUUCUUCGGCGACAUUGCACUCUGCCCUUUCGAAUCUGUCCGAAUCCGGCUUGUGUCCCAGCCUACCUACGCCAACGACUUCGUGAGCGCGCUCGCCAAGAUGGCCAGAGAAGAGGGUCUCAGUGGCCUAUACUCCGGCCUGAGCCCUGUCCUCCUCAAACAGAUUCCUUACACUAUGGCGACAUUUUUGGUCUACGAGAAGUCUAUCCAGACAGCAUAUACUGUCAUAGAAAAGGCGGAGCUCUCUCCGGUGGGCGUCACCGGGAUCAAUCUUGGCACUGGGCUCGUCGCUGGUCUGGCCGCCGCGGUCGUCUCUCAGCCGGCAGACACGAUCCUCAGUAAGGUCAACAAGGAGAAAGGGCAGCGAGGCGAAGGUACAGCACGCCGCUUAGCCCGCAUCGCGACCGGACUUGGACUGCGUGGUGCCUUCACUGGCAUGCGAGCUCGUUUGGUCAUGGUUGGUGGUAUGACGGCAGUUCAGUUCGGCAUUUAUGGGGACACAAAGAAGGUGUGUUUGGACCUUUGA